ACUGAAAAAACCAAUGCAAAAUUAAACACUAAAACCAUAGCCAUAAAAUGAGCCAGACCUCUAUCUAUCAUCCAAAAUCUCAUCCACAUUCUUUUUUCUCUGCCCAUUCUCCACAUAUAUCUUUCACAUUUAUCAUCUACUUCUACUAUAUAUAUCAGCCACCUCUCUUCGAUCACUGGUAGCGUCCGGUAUCGAAAACCAUGGCCUCGGCUGCUCUUUUCAUGGGCAGUUCAUCUCUGCAGGUGAACAAGGGAUUCUCGGAUUUCACGGGCCUGCGUUCGUCUGCUGCUCUGCCUUUUAACAGAAGAACAUCUGAUGACUUGCUCUCUGUUGUUGCUUUCCAGACCUCUGUCAUCGGUGGAGGGAACAAGAGGGGAGUUGUGGAAGCUAAAUUGAAGGUAGCCAUCAAUGGAUUUGGAAGAAUUGGAAGGAACUUUCUUAGGUGUUGGCAUGGAAGGAAAGACUCUCCUCUUGAUGUUGUUGCAAUCAACGACACCGGUGGUGUAAAGCAAGCAUCUCACCUGCUUAAAUACGACUCAACACUUGGCAUCUUUGAUGCUGAUGUCAAGCCUGUUGGCACUGAUGGCAUAUCUGUUGAUGGAAAGGUCAUCCAAGUCGUCUCUAACCGCAAUCCUAGCAACCUACCAUGGGGGGAGCUGGGAAUUGACCUGGUCAUUGAAGGGACAGGGGUGUUUGUGGACAGAGAAGGUGCUGGUAAGCAUCUUGAGGCUGGAGCCAAGAAAGUGCUCAUCACAGCCCCGGGGAAGGGUGACAUUCCAACAUAUGUUGUUGGUGUCAACGCGGAGUUAUAUGAUCAUUCUGAGACCAUAAUUAGUAAUGCAUCCUGCACUACUAACUGCCUUGCACCCUUUGUCAAGGUUCUUGACCAGAAAUUUGGCAUUAUUAAGGGAACUAUGACUACAACUCACUCCUACACCGGAGACCAGAGGUUGCUUGAUGCCAGCCACAGGGAUCUGAGACGUGCACGUGCUGCAGCACUCAACAUUGUCCCAACCUCAACUGGUGCAGCGAAGGCUGUGGCACUCGUUCUACCAAACCUGAAGGGCAAGCUCAAUGGCAUUGCCCUCCGUGUGCCCACACCUAACGUGUCUGUUGUGGAUCUCGUUGUUCAGGUUACCAAGAAGACAUUUGCUGAAGAAGUGAACGCGGCCUUUAAGGAAAGCUCUGACAAUGAGCUCAAAGGCAUCCUAGCCUUGUGUGAGGAGCCACUUGUUUCAGUUGAUUUCAGAUGCUCAGAUGUUUCCUCAACAGUUGAUGCAUCUCUUACCAUGGUUAUGGGAGACGACAUGGUGAAGGUGAUUGCCUGGUAUGACAACGAGUGGGGUUAUUCCCAGCGAGUGGUUGAUUUGGCUGACAUUGUUGCCAGUCAAUGGAAAUGAUCUGUUUCUGAUGGUUGGUUAUAUUAACUUUUUCCAUUCAUAGAUUUCCGAUUUUUGUUGAAAACUGUAAUAUGAGGAUGAACAACUUCAUCAUUUAUGUUUAAAACCAAACAUCAGCCUGCGAGAACAGAAGGUCAUCUGUGGCCCCUUUUCUGUAGUUUGAUGUUUCAGAUUUCGGAAGCUUUUCUGUUUGUAAAGCAUUUAGGUUUUAUUAUAUCAUAUUAAGAAUAAGCUUUUCUGUA